UGGUAUUACUGUAUGAUGAAGAAAAUGUCUUCUUCGGAUGGAAUGCGAGAGCAAUCGUUUAUUAUUCGACAAAGUACAAAUGCUUACGAGCAUCGGGAUUCUUUGGCCACUGCAAUGUCAGUAGAUUAUUCAGGACAAUGGGUUUUACUGGCAGGAAGGCGUUACCUUGCUUUACAAAGAUUAGGUCAAGAUGAUAGCACUUUAAGAAAAUACCACAGAAACUCGAAAUAUGAAGUCUCUUCUGCUGAAUUCGCAAUUUGUCAUCAUAGGCAGGAAUACUGCGCGAUUGCGACAAGUCAACUUAUCGAAGUUGUUACAUGGGGCUCAUCCGAACCACAACUUAUUCACUCUUUGCGUGGUCAUACACGCAUGGUUACUGACAUUGAUUGGCAUUCCAAAAAUCCAAACUUACUUGUAAGCUGUUCAAUUGAUACUUUUUCACAUAUCUGGGAUCUACGAGAUGCUCGAAAACCGCAUCUAUCACUAAGUGCCGUUUGCAUGUCUGGAGCUACACAAGUUGGUUUUAAUAGAGUUUCUGGUAAUUUACUUGCGGCUGCACACGAUGGUGAUUUGAGAAUAUGGGACAUUCGAAAGGGAACAUGUCCAACUCAUUACAUUACAGCACAUUUAAAUAGAGUUCACGGAAUAAAUUGGAGCCAUAUGAGAGAAACUUGCUUGGCUACAGCCAGUCAGGAUGGUACUGUAAAAUAUUUCGAUGUGAAUAAUCCAAGAAGAGCUGAGAAAAUAAUAACCACGUCUUCUCCAGUUUGGAGAGCAAGAUAUACACCUGUUGGAAAUGGUUUAGUGAGCAUAGUUGUACCACAUCUUGGCAGAGGUGAAAACAGUUUAUUGCUCUGGAGUAACAGCAAACAAACAGACCCGGUAUGUUCAUUUGUUGGACACACCGAUGUCAUCCUCGAUUUCGAUUGGCGACCAAACCAUGAAGACUCAUCGGAAAUUGAACUGGUUACAUGGUCUCGUGAUCGAACAUUGAGGGUUUGGAAAAUAGAUGAUACUUUGCUAAAAUUAUGUGAACCUGUUUCAUCUGACAUUGAAGAAGAAGUCGAUGCAAUGGAUGCCUUGCAGAUAGCACGUUCACCUGUUAAAAGUGAAUCAAUAGCUAGAUCACUAACGGAUCAGCCAACUUGUUCGCUGCAUCAUGAAUUCUCUUUAUUCAACACAAACAUUCCACAUGUUGAAGUGGACGUUCUCGACGCAAUUAAACGUAAUGCAAUCUUCAAAAUAUCCGCUGCAGGAUAUGUUGUUGUUUUAAGGGUUAAUUUUCCAGUAGAGUAUCCAAGUCCCAAUAUGGGACCCGAAUUCUUGUUUUGUCAAGGAACUACUCUAACAGAUCAUCUGUCCAUGUACUUGCUCAAAGUACUAAAAACAAAUGCCCUUCAAAGGGUUAAAAAAUCCAGGACUUGCCUGGAGCAGUGUGUUCGUGCCUUAGUUGCUGCUUUAAAAAAGUCAAUUGGUGGAAGUGAUAAAUCACAAAUGCGCCUCCAGUCACCACGUCUAGAAGGCGCUCUUAGUGGAGCAAUACAUGAUGCUUGUAUUCCAUUCCCACGAACAUCUGGGGCUAAAUUCAAUGCUUCUGGUUUACUAGUCACAUUCGCACAAAGCUUUAACACUAAAAGACUGACACUACGCAAUCAAAAUGUCACUCCACGCACUCUGUCCGCCAUAAGUGGGGGCUGCCUCCUGGGCAAUGUAAUGGGUCCCCAACCGGUUCUCUAUGCACAUCGAGAUAGCAAUGCGUCCUUCUAUCUUCAAGAACGCCUCGCUAAAUCAUCCAAAAAUCGUAGUCUACAAAAAGCAACAACAAAUGCUGUUGUGCAUAUUUACGACGUACACAAACUUCUCAAUAUUAACAAGGAACUAGCACAAGAAUACAAGCUUAGUAAGACUGAUGUCAUUGGAGCAUGCCAGCACAACAGACAAAUGGUUGAAAAUCAUGGCAGAACAGAUUUAGCACCAAUUUGGAAACUUGCCGAAAUGAUUGCAACUCCAAAUAUACCAAAUGAAGCAAAUUGCGAGAUGUUAUUCCUACAAGAUCCUUUUAAGAAGUUCCUCUUAGAAUCGCUGAUAAAUCACUAUGCCACAAAAGGAGAUCUUCAGACUGCGGUAAUGCUUUGUUGUGUCUUUCAUAAGUGUCCUCCUGAGACUGAGCCCACGCAUUUUGGGUCAAAAAUGAAUUUGACUACUAAUGGAUCGCCUUAUCAUACCGUUUUGCCAGUUGAUAAGCACUCAAAUCGAAUGUGUAUGCUGCCGAAGCAUAUGCGCAGUAAUUCUUGGUCCGAUCCGAUGGGUUGUAUUGACUCGAAUGUUAUCAAUUCGGAUAAUUAUUCAUGUUCGCUGUUGAGGAAAUCCAAGAUGCCAAUGUUUGAUAGUUUGAAGAAAGCUUAUGGAGAUAUUCUUUUCAGUUGGCAACUUCUUAACGAACGGGCUUUGAUCCUUAAGCACACAAUGUAUCAGAAACCACCAACACAUGAUGUUGAUUUUGUAACAGAAUGCGCAGGUUGCAAUAAGACUAAACGAACUGCUGCAUGUGGACCAUGUCAGAAGUUGGUCUUGUUUUGCACAUUGUGUAGGUUGCCGGUGAAAGGAGCGGCAAAUGCUUGUUUGGCAUGUGGACAUGGAGGACAUGUUGAACAUAUGCAACAAUGGUUUGAAAAACACGAUUUAUGUGCAUCUGGGUGUGGAUGUUAUUGCCUUAAAGAAAGUCACUUGUUAUUAGAUCAUUUAGACUAAAAAUUUGUUUAUUUUUUUUCAUCUUUUUUUAUGUUGUUGAAAUUCUGUUUUUUUUAUAACUAU